UUCUAGAGAUUAGCGGGUCUAAUUACUAACCUACCUAAACAUAACCCAAUCAUAAAUACCUACACGACUUUAGAUAACGAUGAUAAGAAAUAUUAAGGAAUAGAGAACGGAGAUAGUGAACAGCAAAGAUUUGUCAGAGAUUCAAGUGAUAUUAAUGUGCUUCUAAAAACGUGAAAUGAAUAAUUUCGAUGAUUCGGUCGAGAUGACAUCCAAAUUUUCUCAGCUUUUUUGGGAAAACUUGACUGUUACUGUGUCUGUCAAAGAUGACAAGUGUUCAAGAAAACCGUGGUACAAAUUUUCGCGCAGAAAAUCAAUGAAAUUGGAUAUACUAAAAGGAGUGUCCGGAUAUGCAGAGACUGGUAACAUGUUCGCUAUAUUGGCUCUCUUUUAGUGCGCUCUGAAAAUAGGAAGCAAUUGCAGCGCAUUACAGAGAAAAUCCUUAGGGGAGGAAUUUUUGCGGGAUCUAGGAUUGUGCGAGUGCGCUGAUACCAUUAUAUCCAAUCUAUCUGGUGGUGAGAGGAAACGUUUGUCAUUAGCUGUAGAAUUAGUGACGAGACCGAAAAUACUUUUCUUAGAUGAGCCAACGACUGGUUUGGACACUUUCGCCGCAACACACGUUGUGCAAUCGUUGAAAUUGAUCGCCUCGAAAGGUACCAUGAUCUUCUGCACGAUUCAUCAACCAGGUAUGAUAAUGUACAAUAUAUUCAGCCACGUAAUAUUGAUGGCUGAUGGUAGAUCCGUAUAUUUCGGGAUUUUGAGGAACGCCACGGACUUCUUUGAGAGCCAGGAUUAUCGAUGUCCCACGAACUACGACGAGUCCGAGUAUUACGUGAACAUUCUGUCACAUCAGAAUCGGGAAGAUCGCAAUGCUGAUUUGUGCCGGGCGUUUCUACGAUCGUCGCUGUCGGAAAUCCCCGUGGUCGAGAAUAUCCCAGUUUUCCGCGCCAGUCCUCGAAAAAAAUCAGGAUGGUUCGUGCAGUUCUACUGGUUGCUCUGGAGAACAUUCCUGCGGGAUAGGAGAACAAUCUUCGACAAUUGGAUCGCGUGGUUCUCUUGCGCGUUGUCUAUCAUCUUCAUCGGUACGUUUUACGCUGGCACCGAUUCGUCAACGCAGGAGGGAAUACAAAGCGCCCGGGGUGCGCUUUACUUGACGAUCUCCGAGAUCAUCUUUACGAUCGCUUACUCCGUUGUUUACGAGCUACCAGGCGAGCUUGUUCUCUACACGCGCGAGAGUACCGCCGUGUACUCGCCGGGGCCUUAUUAUCUCGCCACCGUUCUCGCCCUGGUGCCCAAGGCGACGUUCAAGGCGCUCCUAUUCGCGGUCGCCCUUUACCUCGCCCUGCAUUCCGAAUUCUCGCCACUCGUCCUCUGCUCCUAUUGCCUCUGCACGACGGCGGCGGCCGUCUGCGGCGUCGCGUACGGCAUGACGAUCUCGAGCUGGAUCGCCGACAUCGACAUCGUCACCACGAUAAUGAUACCGCUCGACCUGCUCUUCCUCCUGACGGCGGACUUCUACAAUCUACGGACUCUGCCGAGCUACCUGGCAUGCCUGAAAUAUUCCUCCGUGUUUUACUACGCCACCGAAGCCAUAUCGAUAGUACACUGGUCAGGAAUAAAGUACAUCGAUUGUCCAACCAACCGUGAGCUGCCUUGCCUGUCGAAUGGAACGGAGAUUUUAUUGGAAUACGGAUAUAAUGAAGAGAACUUUUGGUGGGACAUAAUUGGAUUGCUGCUUCUGACGAUUGUGAUGAACAUCGUCGCAUAUCUCGGCACAAGAAGAAAGUCACAAUCGAUCACUUAUUAACCAUCGACAUUCAAUCGGGAUAUUCUUCUGAUAAAUUUCUUAUAUUUAUUAUGUAGGAACCCAAGGAUAAGUUAACUAUCCCAAUUAUGAAUUGGAUCAAAUUUAUACAAUUAAAAAUUGAAAUUAUUUUCCGCGGUAAGAUAUAUUUCUACGGAGGAUUUUUAAUCAAUAAAUUAAAUUGAUUAUUGAAAUAUUAAGAGAAAUGUAUAGCUCUGAUUUUCGUCAGUUGAUUUACGGCACGUAGUUGAUGCCAGUAACACAGCUGAAUAUUGAAUUUAUGUAUAUAAACUAAAAAAUUAAAAACUA